AUGAAUGUGAUGUUGGGCGCUGCGAACCGUCAAGAUGCUGUCGUGAGAUGGUUACUCCUUCUCUCUGCCAGUGUUCUGGUGCUCGGCGUGACUAGCAUUUUCACACUCCAGUUCGGUAUGCUGAAGGCCAACACUUGCCUAGCGGAGAGUAUGCAGAGCUCCGAUGCGACCCGCUACACAGCCCUGGGCAAAUGGAGCGAUGCCCCCAAAGCCAUGCCUCUAAACUGGUACGUCUGCGAGAAGCCGCCAAAUGUCACCGAGUGUGCAAAAGGGUGGAUUCCUCAUGCAGCAGGCUGCUACCAGGUGAUCUGCGACUGGAAGAGCUUUGACGGAGCUGAGGCGGGCUGCGUCCAGCGCGGUGCGCACCUGGCAAAGAUCGACUCAGAGGAAGAGAACAAAUUUGUCCAGAGCCUUUGCGGUUGGGAGUCGUGUUGGAUCGGACUUAGCCAGGACCCGCAAAGCAACGAAUGGCUCUGGCCUGAUGCUACUUCCAUCGGGCGCGCACCUGGCUUCAUUGGGUUCACGAACUGGAACAAGCCGGGGCCUACCUCUGGCCGUGGCCGUGCCGCCUUCAUGAACCACUGGGGCCGCUUGGACAUGCCCGAGCCCAUGGUGAAGCAGGAGGGAUCAACAAGCCGAAAAGUAGAACUUGUCAAAGUACAGAACUAUGACGAAACCGUUAGCUUUACCCGUGCCUAUUGCGGGAGGCCACGCAGCAGGCCGCAGGGCCAUGGCAAUUGGUACGGCACGGACCCAGAUUGGGAGCUGCCCGCCUUCAUCUGCAAGCGUGCCGCCGAUCCGUGUCCCAGCGGAUGGACGACGCGCGGUGUGCAGUGCUACAUCAAGGUCUGCCAGCAGGCGAAUUUCAAGGCUGCGGAGUCCUGGUGCCAAGCCCACGAUGCCUCACUGGUCACCAUCCAGGACGAGCGUGAGAACCACUACGUGGCACAGUUUUGUGGCCUUGACACGUGCAUGCUGGGCCUGUCCAGGGCACCUGGCGCAGACAAUUGGCAGUGGGUCGACGGCAGUUCCGUGGGCAUGAAGUAUCAAUGGCAGGGCUUCACCUACUGGGCUGAGGGCGAGCCAGACGUCAUGGGCCGCAACACCGACCGCGUAGCAGUGAUGAAUUCCAUCACCUUGGAGGAAGCCUUUGUGCACAAUGAGCUGAUCCGGCCUUCAUUCUGGGGCUGGACCUUGGUCCAGGUCCUUGCACCUGUCUCACUGGCGGUUUUGGUGGUCUUUGUCGGGCGGAAGAACAGCAGCUGUGGGGCGCAGCUGGCAAACUGGGUCGUUGGUGCUGGUGUCGUGGCGCUGGUCGUGCAGAUCUUUGGCUUUCUCAGGCUGCUGACAGCCUCACACGCCAACUGGCCAUCGGGAGUCUUCAGCAUGAUGGUCCUCGUUGUCAUCUUGACUUUCGGCCAGCUCGCCCUGUGCCUUUUCGCUUCAAACAAGACGCAGGAGCUCCGAUUCAUGACCACGCGCCCCUACAACUCGAUGGGCGCACGUGAAGUGGGCGACACCGAGGCAUCCCGGGACAUUGCUCUCACGUCGCCGGCUGCGACACACUAA